CCCUAUAUCCCUCUUACGGGUUGAGAUUUGUACAUCUCUCGCUGUUUUUUCUUAAAAAAUCUUCUCUUCCGCCGUCGUAUCCUCGCACCGCCGCAGCCGCAGCCGCCGUCGUAAUCUUCACCUGCCUGGUACAGAAAAGUUUAGUCGAUAAUGGCACAUCGGCUGUUGAGGGACGCAGAAGCAGAUGGGUGGGAGCGAGCUGAUUUCCCAAUUAUAUGCGAGUCUUGUCUUGGCGAUAAUCCAUAUGUUCGAAUGACGAAAGCUGAUUAUGACAAGGAAUGCAAGAUCUGCACUCGGCCCUUCACUGUGUUCAGGUGGAGGCCCGGUCGCGAUGCUAGGUACAAGAAGUCGGAGAUUUGCCAAACCUGCAGUAAGCUGAAAAAUGUCUGUCAAGUUUGCCUUUUGGAUCUCGAAUACGGGCUGCCUGUUCAGGUUCGAGAUACUGCUCUGAGUAUCAAUUCCAACGAUGCCAUUCCAAAGAGCGAUGUCAAUCGGGAAUACUUUGCGGAGGAGCAUGAUCGCAGGGCAAGAGCUGGAAUAGAUUAUGAAUCUUCGUAUGGGAAGGUACGCGCAAAUGAUACUAUUUUGAAGCUCCAGAGAACCACACCGUACUACAAGAGAAACCGAGCACACGUCUGCAGUUUCUUUGUUCGCGGACAGUGUACGAGAGGCCCGGAGUGCCCUUACAGGCACGAGAUGCCCGUUGAAGGUGAAUUGUCUCAGCAAAAUAUUAAAGACCGCUACUAUGGAGUGAACGAUCCAGUGGCAAUGAAGCUACUAUACAAGGCUGGAGAAAUGCCAUCACUUGAGCCACCAGACGACCAAAGCAUAAGAACCCUCUACGUAGGCGGGCUCGACGCAAGAAUCACCGAGCAAGACCUGAGAGACAACUUCUACGCCCACGGCGAAAUCGAAUCCGUUAAAAUGGUUAUCCAACGAGCCUGUGCCUUUGUAACUUACACAACAAGAGAAGGUGCUGAGAAAGCAGCCGAAGAGCUAGUCAACAAAAUGGUCAUCAAAGGGCUGAGGCUGAAGCUGCUCUGGGGCAGACCACAGGUCCCGAGGCUGGAAUCCGAAGGAGGCUUGGAUGAAGCUUCAAAGGUGACUCACAGUGGGUUAUUGCCGAGGGCAAUUGUGUCAAAUCAGCAAAGCGGCCCCCCUACACAGAAUCCACCCCCUCCAAUGGCCUACUUCAAUAUCCCUCCGUUGCCCAGUCAGCAAGAGAGGGCCUACUACCCUUCGAUGGACCCACAGAGGAUGGGGGCUGUAAUUUCGGGUCAAGAGGGGGCUGGAUCUUCUUCGGGGGGGCCGCCACCCCCUCCACCCCCUCAGGCUGGUCAAUUUUAUCCACCUCCUUACUAUCCGCAGUAUGGAUAUAUGCAGCCGCCUCCCCCUCAACAGUACCCACCUCCUCAGCCUUAUCAGGGUCGGAUGGCUCCUCCUCCCCCUCCACCGCCUGCUGGCGGUGAUCCACCGCAGCCUUAGUUUUGUUGCUUCUUUAAUUAAUGAAGAAUGUUUAUUAAAAAAGAAAGUACUUUGUUGUUCAAUUUUAUGUUAUGUGUAAACUGUCAUAUAACUUCUAUUUUGUUAGAUUUUAACUAUUUGUGAUGUGUUUGGAGAAUCAAAUUCUGGAUUUUGGUUCCAAUUUGUGACCCACUUGACCAGUGCUAGUUUUGUUUUUUGGAUUU